CCAGCGGCCCCUCAGCCCGCGCUCGCCUGAUUGUCAGCGCCGGCGCCGGGGGCGUGCGCCGGCCCGGCCCCCGCGGGCGGCGCCUUUGUUCCACGCUCGGAGGAGGCGCGUUUAAAGGGCCAGCUGUUGGAAGGACUUGAGGGACCCCCUCCCCCAGAGCAUCCCCCGUGGUCAAGGGGAACACCGUGGUCCCCCUCGGCGGAACCCUCCUUCCUGCCUGCUUGGUGGAUCCCCAGUCUUUAAGGGAAAGUUCCCCAGGGUGCAGGGGUUUUGGAGGAUUCCAGGUUUUUGUCUUUUUUAUUUUUUGUUUUUAUUGGUGGGUGGGGGUACGUGCGAUCAUGGCCUCUGCUAGGAGAGAAUGUCCGCCUGCUUCAGGCUGGCUGCAAUAUGGGUGGGUGGAGGAGACAUCAAAGCCCGCGUGGGUUUGCGCUGUAAAGUGAAACUACCGAGGAGAGGCUCCUCUGCAGUAGCCAGAGGAGGAAGGAGGGAGCGAGCGGCAGGAUGGAGGCAUCUCAGGUGUGUUCAUUCAUCAGCAUCCCUCUGGAGGAGAGGAAGGCGGGAGGGCAGCACGGACUACCGGUCUGGCCUAGGACCCGCCAGAAUGAGCGGGUACGUUUGUGUGUGUGUGUCCGUGUCCGGGGACGCCGGUGCCUGCUCAUCUGCCCAUGCUCCUUCAUCCCUCAGUGACUGGCAGCUUCUUGCUAGCCAGCUCCUCACCGAGAUGAACAGAAAGCAACUCCUUUCUCCGAAUUCCCCGGGCAUCCCCGGCUCUCCUCUGGCUUCUUUCCGAGGUGGCUUCCUUGAUAAGCGCUAGCGCCAUUCAAGAUAGGGGGGGAAAGAGGCUUGAAAUCAUUACGUUUUAUUCACAGGGGAAUGUGCUGUCGAAUUCUGCAUCCCCGUGCAUCCGCUGUCGUAAGAUGGCUUUGAAAUUCACCAGUGCAUGCUUUCUUCAGGCAGACAGAAUUUAUUACGCUAUUACAUUGCUACAUAAAAGCAGAAAGGAUCCCACUGAGCGUUGCUCGUUUUAUCCAGACCCUGGAUUUUCCCAGCAUGUUCUGGCUGAGCCUUUGGAUUUUUUGUUUUAAACUGAGCGCUGGGAUACCCCUCCUGUCACAGGGCCGACCUGCUGAAAUCGCCGGAAUUGAUUUCACCGUCAAUAGGAGGGAGGUUCAUUUAGAGAUAUCAUGGAGCCUGUCUGGCAUGUCAGGCCUCUGACAUCACCUCCCGCCCCCCGCCCCCCACCCCUUGCGCCCUUUUUCUCUCCUAAGUGAAGGCCAGGGAGGGCUUGUCUCCAUGCCCCCCUCCUUGGUUUGUGAGCUUCUCUAGAUUCAGUUUUGUGUUUUUGAUUGGAAAGGUGGCUGGGUUGUGAUUGCAGAGAACGGAGUGGAUUAAGAGUGGGGUGGGCAGCAGAUGGGGACAGCAGCCUCAAUGACAGAAAACAUAUGCUGGACAUUUGGGGACUCCAGAUCUCCAGCCCUUAGAGACAGGUGAGGUUGAUGGGUGUGUGUGGAGCAAGAGGUGUGUGUGUGUGUGUGUGUGUGUGUGUGUGUGUGUGUGUUGGCUGUGUGGGAGCGGUGGAGAGGAGGAUGCUGCCAGCAAUUUUCUGCCCCACCCUCUUGAUGCUGCCUUAAAUAGCUCCUUGCCAUUCAAGCUCUGAUGUUUCAGGCUCUUGGCCUGAGGGGAGGGGAGGGGAGGGGAGGGUUGGUCUUUUGGUACCUCUGCCCUGGGCACUGUUAGAGUGGAUGGUUAGGAAAGGGUUAGUUCUCCAGGGGUUGCAGAGAGCUCAUUUCUCUGCUGGAGGGCGCUGAGUUGAACUAGCUCGGGUGACUUCCCCGCAGGGUAUUAGCAACUGAAAAGAAAUGCUUUCUUCCCCGUAGGACGAAGAGCUGGGAGGGUAUUGUCACCGUCCGUCCGUUUGACACUCACCUGCUGUUGGCCCUUUCCUCCUGUUACCUCCUGCUUUCUUUUAUUCUAGUUGGCGAGUUUCUGUGAACUUUUCCGAAGAGCCCCAGUUACAGAAGACUUGUCCUAUCACCACCAUGAGCUCUGAAUGCGACGUUGGUGCUUCCAAAGCUGUGGUGAAUGGUUUGGUACCGGGCAGCAAUGGGCAAGACAGAGACACGGAUCCUACAAAAAUCUGCACUGGGAAGGGAGCGGUGACUCUCCGGGCCUCGUCCUCCUACAGGGAGAUCCCAAGCGGUAGCCCUGUGAGCCCUCGGGAAACCCCGCAAGAGGAAAGGAAACCAGAUGAGUGGAGGCUUCCUUCCAAUGCUGAUGCCAAUGGAAACGCCCAGCCCUCUCCACUCGUUGCCAAGGGCUACCGAAGUGUGCAUCCCAACCUUCCUUCGGACAAGCCUCAGGAUGCCACUUCCUCCAGCCCAGCCCAGCCUGAGGUAGUAGUUGUCCCUCUCUACCUGGUUAACACUGACAGAGGGCACGAAGGCACUGACAGACCUCCAGCAUCUCUGGGGCCCCACGGCCCCCCGGUCCCGGCGGCCGUCCCUGCCGGCUCACCUCUGACCUUGCCGACUCUAGACGAUUUCAUUCCCCCUCAUCUGCAGAGGCGGUCUCACCACAGCCAGCCAGCCAGCACUCCUGGCUCCCUCCCCCCCGUUAGCCAGACACCGCCAUCCUUCUCACCACCGCCUCCGCUGGUCCCUCCGGUCCCCGAGGGCCUCCGCAGAAUCUCGGAGCCUGGCCUCACGGGAGCUGUUUCGAGUACCGACUCAAGUCCUCUACUAAAUGAACUUUCUUCAUCGCACGUUGGAACUGAUUCCCAGACCUUUGCACCAGUUAGCAAGCCAUCAUCUGCCUACCCCUCCACGACAAUUGUCAAUCCUACUAUUGUGCUCUUGCAACAUAAUCGAGAACAGCAGAAACGACUCAGUAGCCUUUCAGAUCCUGUCUCGGAAAGAAGAGUGGGAGAGCAGGACUCAGCACCAACUCAGGAAAAACCCACCUCCCCUGGCAGGGCUGCUGAGAAGAAGGUGAAGGAUGACAGCAGGCGGGUGGCAAAGAGCACUCAGGACCUGAGCGAUGUUUCCAUGGAUGGUGUGGGCAUCCCACUCCGGAACACCGAGAGAUCGAAAGACUGGUACAAGACCAUGUUUAAGCAGAUCCACAAACUAAACAGAGACACUCCUGAAGAAAACCCUUAUUUCCCUACGUACAAAUUCCCUGAACUUCCUGAAAUCCAGCAAAGUUCUGAAGAGGACAAUCCUUACACUCCUACCUACCAGUUUCCUGCAUCUACUCCUAGUCCUAAAUCUGAAGAUGAUGAUUCAGAUCUGUACUCUCCUCGAUAUUCCUUUUCUGAAGACACAAAAUCUCCCCUUUCUGUGCCGCGCUCAAAAAGUGAGAUGAACUACAUUGAUGGUGAGAAGGUAGUUAAGAGGUCGGCCACGCUUCCCCUCCCGACCCGCUCUUCCUCGCUAAAAUCAAGCCCAGAAAGAAACGACUGGGAGCCCCCAGAUAAGAAAGCGGAUACAAGAAAAUACCGUGCAGAACCCAAAAGCAUUUACGAGUAUCAGCCGGGCAAGUCCUCCGUUCUGACCAACGAAAAGAUGAGUCGGGAUAUAAGCCCAGAAGAGAUAGAUUUAAAGAAUGAACCUUGGUAUAAAUUCUUUUCGGAAUUGGAGUUUGGGAAACCGCCUCCCAAAAAGAUAUGGGAUUAUACUCCUGGAGACUGCUCUAUCCUUCCUAGAGAGGAUAGAAAGACUAAUCUAGAAAAAGAUCUCAACCUCUGCCAAACAGAGUUAGAGGCAGAUUUAGAAAAAACGGAGACGCUUAAUAAGGCACCCAGUGCAAACCUGUCACAGAGCUCAGCAGUCAGCCCCACUCCGGAAAUUUCUUCAGAGCCUCCUGGAUAUGUAUAUUCUUCCAACUUCCACGCGGUGAAGAGGGAAUCAGAUGGGGCUCCCGGGGAUCUUACCAGCUUGGAGAAUGAGAGGCAGAUUUAUAAAAGCGUCUUGGAAGGAGGAGAUAUCCCUCUCCAGGGCCUGAGUGGGCUCAAGAGGCCAUCCAGCUCGGCCUCAACUAAAGUGGAUCAUAAAGGUGGGAAUGCUCACAUGAUUUCUUCAUCUUCAGUUCAUAGCCGAGCGGUCCACACUAGCAGUGCGUUAGGCCCCGGGUGUAAGCACAAGAAACCCUUGUCCGCUGCGAAAGCCUGCAUUUCGGAAAUCCUCCCCUCCAAAUUCAAACCCAGGCUCUCUGCUCCCAGCGCUCUUUCGCAGGAUCAGAAGAGCGUCCUGUUGCCAUCGGAAAAGGCUCAGAGCUGUGAGAACCUUUGUGUCUCGGUUCCUCUGAAUGAUUCCAAAAGAGGCCUCCCCCUGCAAGUGGGGGGCAGCGCGGAGAACCUGCUCGUGCGCUCCCGGCGGGACUACGACGGCAGGUCGAGCAGCACCAUGAGCCUGCAGGAGUACAGCACCAGCGCCAGGAGGCCCUGCCCACUCUUGAGGAAGGCUGGCCCGCAGUUCACCAUGCUCUACCGAGAUAUGCACCAGAUCAACCGGGCCGGCCUCUUCCUGGGGUCCGUCUCCUCCUCCAGCGUGCGGGAUCUUGCCUCCCACUUCGAGAGGAGCAGCCUGGCGUUGGCCAGGGGCGAGCUGGGCCCCAACCAGGAAGGCUCGGAGCACGUCCCCAAGCACACCGUCUCCUCCCGCAUCACAGCUUUCGAGCAGCUGAUUCAGCGGUCCCGGUCCAUGCCGUCGCUGGACCUGUCCGGCCGGCUGAGCAAGUCCCCCACGCCCAUGCUGGCCCGGAGCGGCCUAACCUCUGCCCGCUCGGCUGAGUCCCUCCUGGAGUCAACCAAGCUCCGGCCCAGGGAGGCAGGCGGGCUGAACCCUGGGGGCAUCUACGCCUCCCCAGCGUGUAGCCGGAUGGCGGACCCCACCUUGGGCUUCAGGGGCCUCGUGCCUUCCGAGCCGCUCUCCGCCUGCUCGGACGAGCUGGACCGCUGCUCAAACAUCUCCAGCGACAGCCGAGAGGGCAGCAGCGGCAGCGUUCACGGAGACUUCCCCAAACACCGCCUCAACAAGUGCAAGGGCACCUGCCCGGCCUCCUACACCCGCUUCACCACCAUCCGUAGGCACGAGCAGCAGCAGACCUCCCGGCGGCCCGACUGGCGCCCGGAUCCCAGAGGGGACAAGGGCACACUCCUCAGGAACAUCUACCUAAUGAGCCCCCUCCCUUUUCGGUUGAAAAAGCCCUUCCAGCAUCCCUCCAGACAGCUUUGUCCCGGGGACUUCUCAGGCCAGAAGCCAGACCCCCCCAGGGGGUCUCAGCCCCAUCAGGACGAGCCCCCCUCCGGGGGGAGGCCCUUGGUUCCCAGACGGCUGUCUUCCCGGCACACCAUGGCCAGGCUGAGCCGGAUCUCAGAGCCCCCUCAGGAGAGACCCGCGGCCCCGGAGGUCUGCCUGACGGCCUUUAGUAAUGGGAACUCUCUGCCGUACUCAGACCACAGCCUGGACAGGAACAACAACCCCCAAAGUGAACUGGGAACGUCCCUCGGAGAUUCAGAAUCACCAAGGCAUUUUAUACCAGCUGAUUACUUGGAAUCCACAGAAGAAUUUAUUCGAAGACGUCAUGAUGAUAAAGAGAAACUUUUAGCGGACCAGAGACGACUUAAGCGUGAGCAAGAAGAAGCCGAUAUUGCAGCUCGACGCCACACGGGCGUCAUUCCGACGCACCAUCAAUUUAUCACUAAUGAGCGCUUUGGGGACCUCCUCAAUAUAGACGAUACAGCAAAAAGGAAAUCUGGGUCAGAGAUGAGACCUGCCAGAGCCAAGUUUGACUUUAAAGCUCAGACGCUAAAGGAGCUUCCUCUGCAGAAGGGAGACGUCGUGUACAUUUAUAAGCAGAUCGAUCAGAACUGGUAUGAAGGAGAGCACCACGGCCGGGUGGGAAUCUUCCCCCGCACCUACAUUGAGCUUCUUCCUCCUGCUGAGAAGGCUCAGCCCAAAAAGCUGGCACCAGUGCAGGUUCUGGAAUACGGCGAAGCUAUCGCCAAGUUUAACUUUAAUGGUGAUACACAAGUAGAGAUGUCCUUCAGAAAGGGCGAGAGGAUCACGCUGCUUCGACAGGUGGACGAGAACUGGUACGAAGGGAGGAUCCCAGGGACGUCCCGGCAAGGCAUCUUCCCCAUCACCUAUGUGGACGUGAUCAAACGGCCGUUGGUGAAAAACCCUGUGGAUUACAUCGACCUGCCUUUCUCCUCCUCCCCAAGUCGUAGUGCCACUGCAAGCCCUCAGUUUCCCGGUCACAGCAAGCUCAUCACGCCAGCCCCCUCAUCUCUGCCCCACGCCCACCGAGCCCUGUCCCCCGAGAUGCACGCUGUCACCUCUGAGUGGAUCUCGCUGACUGUAGGAGUCCCGAGCAGGCGGCCUCUGGCCCUGACCCCACCCUUGCCUCCUCUGCCAGAGGCUUCUGUCUAUAGCCCUGAACCCCUGGCCUUGUGGGCGAGGCCCAGCUCCUCCCUUACCCUCAGCGUCCCCCGUUCGGGCUGGUCGGCCUGGGCCACCCCACGCUCAGCAGUCUCCCCGCUGGCCCUGCCUCCCCCGCACAAAGCCUGCUCCCUGGCGCCCGGUUCCCAGACCUCCCUCCACGCCAGCGGAGAUGGUGGUACCCACGUGCCACCUCCAGGGGUCCUCAAGGAUAGCUUCUCCCAGCUGAGGCUUGGGCAUUCGGACAGGGUCAUCUCGGAGCUUAGUGACGCCUUUAGCAGCCAGGGUGAGCGGCAGCCGUGGCGAGAAGGAAGUGGAGCACGUGAGAGGAAAGCAGACAGGGAGGCAGGUGAGAGAUGCCCGGGUGGACCCGCCAUCUCUAAGAAGAGCUGCCUGAGACCGUCAGACGUGGUCAGGUGUCUGAGCACCGAACAGAGACCCACAGAGCUCCACACCCCAGAGGAGAGCCGGCCCCGCCAGCCCCGGGGUAGCCCUUUCCCGGGAAGGGAGGCUGAGCCCUCAGAGCUGCAGAGAGGUGGCGAGCCGGCCGAGAGGAAGGCCGCUCGGACUGCCGCGAGCGAGCCUUCUCAUCAUUCAUUGAGAGCAGGACCUGAUCUCACAGAAUCUGAAAAGAGCUAUGUGGAAGCAGUUUGCAAUGAGAUCAUAAACAUUGCCGAAAAAUCUGUUCAUUACUGCAGCACUGUUUCUCAUCCCCUUGACUUUCAUCACAAGGUAUCCCCUUCUGACAAUAAAUCAUCUCUAAUCAUUUCUCAGCAACCUCAAGCCCAGCAGCGAAGAGUCACCCCAGACAGGAGUCAAACCUCCCAGGAUUUAUUUAGCUACCAAGCAUUGUAUAGCUAUAUACCACAGAAUGAUGAUGAAUUGGAACUCCGAGAUGGAGAUAUUGUUGAUGUCAUGGAAAAGUGUGACGAUGGAUGGUUUGUUGGUACUUCAAGAAGGACAAGGCAGUUUGGUACUUUCCCAGGCAACUAUGUAAAGCCUUUGUAUCUAUAAGAAGACUGAAAACCACAGAGAUGAUUUUUAUUGGAGGAUGAAGCAUAAUUCAUGAAUUUGUCUCUUUAUUUAAACAUUGAGUCAGUAGGAAAACUAAUGCAGUGGAUAAAGAAAGAAGAAAAAGAGAGGACAGAGAAGUGUUGCAUUUAAAACCUGAACCUGUCUAAGCUUACUGCGUGUAUCAGGCCUGAACCACGCAGAAAAGGAAUGAGGCAAGUUGGUAUUUACUUAGCUGCUUCUGGGAGCCACUCCAGCCCUGCCCCACCCCCGCCCCACCUUGAGUAAUCUGACCUGCAGCCUGGUCCAGGAGCAGUCAGGCCAGAAAUGCUUCUUGCUGCUCCAGGCUUGACCGGCUUUGGCUCAAAAGGGUCAUUUAGCCUGCAGGAGCCCUCAGAGCAACAGGCAGAUCCCCAGCCAUCCUCCAAGGCCCACACAGACUCCCCCAGUCGCCCCGGAGCCUGCCAGUCCCCUAGUGCUGUGAGAGACCAGUCAGGGCUGCCAAGGCGAUCCCUAAACAGUAGUGGAGACCCCAAACUACCCAAGGCCCAGUCCCUCACUGGAGGUAGGUGGGGAAAUGGAGGUCAAAGUAGGCGCCCAGUGCAUUCAGCCUGCGUGCAGCUUUGCCACUGACGCCCCCGGUGUUCAGCCACAGAAGCACACAAGGUUUGCCGCAGGCAGAUAGUUAAAUUUGUAUUUCCAGGUGAUUACCUCAAGAAGCGCUGUAGCCUGAGGGCCCUUGCAGUGGCUCCUUCCCCGUAUCACUGGCUGUUAUGAAUGGUCACCUUCAGGGCAGCACAGUUUCAUUUAGCAGAAUGCCAUUGCUGCUCUUUCUUUUCUGGGUUGUUUUAGGCCAGGACAGUUUGGGGUUGAUAGGCCUAUUCUCACAGAGAACCAAGGAUGGUGUUCAGUGACUCAGGUAACGUACACCAGUGUACACUGGACGCCAGGGGCCACUGAUGAGCAAGCCACGCUCCAAGCCUUAGAAGAGGUUCACCGUGUCUCCAUUUUCAUUGGCCAUAGGAGUCCAAGGACUACCCCAAACGUAGGAACCCAAGGUUAUGACUCACCCUGUGAGGCUUCUCUUUAGAGCAGAAGGUGCAGAUACAGCGGCCCUAAGAGUGAGGCCGUGAUUCUGCCACUCCCAGGAGGCCAGGCUUUUGUGGGGGAUGGAGGCUGCUGGGAUGCCUGGGGUGUUCCGUCACAACUUUAUCCAAUUCAAGGAUGCUUACUGGCCACUCUGUUAGACACCUUGGAGAGAUAAAGAUAGAAAUGACUCAUUCCCUGCCUGCUGGGAACUCAGAGGUGGUUGGAGAGACAGACACACAAAAAUACUGAAUCAAGAGAGACUGUGAUAAGUGCUAAGAAGGGUGUGAGAGAGGAAGAGAUGAAUUUUCCCUGAAGGGACCCUAGAAAGCAUUGUCAUAUUUCUGUCUCCAUUAGCUCACCUUGAACAACUAGGAUGCUGGAAGAACCUUUGUCUGAAGGUGGUUUAUGGCUGGAAAUACUUGGAACUGUUUCCAGGGUCUUCAAACUCUCAUCCUGCCCACAAAUACACAUCCAAGGUCACAAAUAGGAGUAGCAGUUCCAGGUUGAUAGGGUGUGUACAGGAACCCUGACUCUUUGCAUAUAGCUCAGAAUUGGCCUAGGACCCAUGUCCCAGAGUCUUUAUAAGCACAGAGUUUGUCUUCAGUGCCUCAGCUUCUCCCUCCACUACGCAUCUUAGGACCCCCACCAGCUGCCCACCCCCGUCAGAGAGCCACAGUACCCUCACUCCCUGUCCUUCAAAGCAUGCUCUCAGGAAAGCAACUGCCACUGACUCCUUCACAGUAACGUAUAAAUGACUGAUAAGAGGAAGGUGUUAUUUCUUCACAGAAACACUGGUUUUUCACUAGAACAGAGCAGAGCCUUAAUCCCAAGGGGGAAAGGCUGUGGAACUAAUGGUGGAGGUGGGGCUGGGGCUAUAGGUGAGGGCGGAUGAGCUUCCUGGGUAGAAAGGGACUUAUUGCUAUUCCCUAAGAAAGCCUCAGUGCUCUGGAAGUCCACCUCACCAUCCAAGGGCACUCUGUUUCUGUCUCUCCUCCCCGCUCCGAAUACAGUUCAAGUGCAUAUCCACAUGCAUUUCACACAGCAGCAUCACCCAUUUUGGAAUGUAUAUUGGCUAAUGUGUUUCCUGGUCUUUCUUAGAUGCAAACCAUUCAUAACACGAUCUUAUCUGUUUUUUGAGGGGUGCUUAUUAAGUAGGUAAGUUUGAACACCUCUUUAAAUACAGCUAGAAAAUAAACCAAUUUGUAAAGCCACAUUUGCAUAUGAUGCCAGCCUCACGACUUUGUAUAUCUCCAGAAUCCCAGGUAUGCCUCACCAAUUUGCCCAUCUUUAAUAAACUCAUCUUAAAAUUUGCAUCAAACUUCAGCUUCGUACAUAUGACACAACAAGGAACAAAGGGUUCCAACUGCCCCUUUGUCUUCAGACAUUUAGUAAUACAAAAUACCUAUUUUUAUGCUGAGAUAUUUAUACAGGUUUAUUAAUUGCAAGUGCAACUAACUGGCGGCAUGCCCUGCAACACAUUUUGAAUAGAUUAGCCAUGCUUCUGGGUAAAGGCAAGCCCCACACUACUUAACUUCUGCAGUCUUUCUGGGAUCAGUAAGAGAAAAAAAAUCACAUGCUUAAGAAGUGGGACUGUAAAUAUGUAUAUUUAACUUUGUAUAGUCCAUGUACCUACUUUGUAUAGAAAAAUAAUUUUAAAAAUUUGAACCGAAGGGGGAGUAAAAUAAGGAAGUCAUGAAGUUUUUUUGCAUAUUUAAAUGAAGGAAUUCCAAAAUAACUUACCUGCCGAUUUUUAGCACAAAAAUAGCCCUUGUAAAGUGUUAUAAUUUUAAAUAAUCAUUCUUUCUGGGAGAGAAGGUAACUGUUAUCUCAAUUAUAGUGGUUUUUCUUAUUUUGUUUUUGAUUUUUUUUUUUUGCAGUCCUGUUUAUCUGCAGUAGUAUUAAGGCCUAUUGCUAGAAUAGGUUACUACAAAAAAUAUAUUCUGAAAGAAAAAUAACUGACAUUAUAUAUAACCAAUUAAAGUAUUGCCAUUUAAAUUAUACACCAAGAGCAUGUACUAUGCAGACACAGAUUUUUCUGUUCAUCUAUUUUUCUUUAUGCAGUGGAUCGAUCUGACAAAUAGAUGUUGAAUUACUACAUUGGCUGUACAUGUUAUUUAAUAAACUUUAUUCAGAAUUGCGUGGCA